ACUAUAUUAAACUCAGACUUGCACAGCAAGAGUCUCCAUAAGUCAGCCACGGUAGAGAGGGGUUUUAGGGGAGCUUUUGUAUGUUCUGUUCGUCAGAGUUGAUUUAAAUUUUCCCCGGAAGCUGGACGCUAUGACGGCCCCCUGGCACCACCCGGGGAUCACUAAGGACCAGGCGGAGGGGCUGCUCGUGGCCGCGGGCAUGCAGACGGGCAGCUUCCUGGUGAGAGACAGCGAGAAAAGGGAGGGGGCCUACGCACUGUGCAUUUGGGACGAAGGUCGUGUGAGGCAGUACCGUAUCCUGCCAACGGGCAAUGGUUAUUUGCAGAUCCAGGGUCAUGCCAACAGACAGUACCCCAGUCUGAUGGACCUGAUGGAGUCCUACAGAACAGACCCCCAGGGUCUGGCCUGCCCUCUCCUGUAUCCGGUUAAAACCGGCCAGGAGGCAAGCAGACCAGCUGGAAGGUCGCCAAAUCCAGUCAUCAAGCAACCACCCAACAUCAGAAAAGGUGAUGAUGAUUCCACAAUGUACUUCCCAAUCAUCAUCAUUCCCACCCGAGGCUCUGAACAGUGUGGUCUUGAAGGCCGAUUUGUUCUCAAAGUCUCUGCCAUUGGUCUGUCGUUGCUUGAUCCGAGCACCGACCACGUCCUGUACCUGUGGCCCUUCCGACACAUUCGCAGGUACGGACGCAACGCGGGCGCUUUUCUGUUCGAGUGUGGGAGAAAAUGUGGGUCUGGGGAGGGGGACUUUGCUUUCCGCACCCCCUGCCCUAACGACGUGUUCCACGCCGCGGAUAACCUGCGGAAGAAAGUGUUUCUGAUGAGGACAACUGUCACGGUGAGCCCUACCGAGGCGGCGAAGCGCUGUAAGCUCAAGGGCGAGUACACGCUUCAGGUGUGCUCCGAGGGCAUCGUCCUCCUGAACUGUGUCACAGAACAGCUUCUGUAUGAUUGGCCGUACAUAAUGAUCCGUCGGUAUGGGCGGAGUAAAACAGACUUCACCAUAGAAGCUGGCAGUAGGUGUGCGUCAGGGGAGGGCACGUUCACCUUCAAGUCCAGUGUACCAGAGGAAAUCUUCCAGCACGUGGACCACGUGAGAGCCCACCUGUCGCGGGCGAGGGGCAACGAGGCUACGACUCAUGCGCCCAAGGCCAGGAGUAAUGAGUAUGUGGAUGUUCCGGGGAUAACCUACGCAGAGUUGGCCAGCUUUGGCUCCCAGCCCAGGGCUGUUGGUGCAUCGCGUACCCAGGGGCUGUCCUACGCAGACCAACCUACAGAGUACUCCACUAUUGUAUUUGACUAGAACAUCGUUUCACACAAUUUUGUAUACUGUAAUUCACUUUAUGUUCACUGAGAAAAAUGGACAUGUUCACAGAACUAUAUAUUCACGGUGGCGACAGGUGCAGGAAAAGGAAAGUAUUUGUUAACUGUAAUGAUAAGUUCACGGUACAGAAGUGACAGUGAAAACAGUGAACAUAACAGUACAGUGAAUAAAUCAGGAUUUACAGUAUUCAUUAAUCAAAUAUCAAGGACUUCUGUGCAAUCAGAGAAUAGUUGUUGCUAUCACCAAGUGUCUAAGUAUUGAUACAUUUUUGAAACUUACACAUAAUAGUUAUAUUAUUACUAGAAUUUUGUAUUUUUACUCCAGACAAAAAGUUGCAAUUCAACAAAUAAUCAAAUUAGAUGUAGGAUGACAAACACAAAAUUGCACAAAUUUGCGCAAACAUGUUUUUGAAAUGAUAAAUAUGAUUGCACCUAAAAAACAAAACAUUGGUAAUGUCAGUAUGUUGAUAGUUUGUGCUGUCAAAGCUUAUUCUGUGACAUUUAACACCUAUUUGGUACCAUAAAGGAGUUUUUACUUUGAAGUUUACUUUUAGGAGGCUUUACAUACGCAAGUAUCUACAUAUAAUAUGCAUAGUAUUAAACAUGUGACUGUGUUUCUUAUUACAUGACCCAAGGCUGUUUUAGCCAAGAAUUGAUCAGUUUUGUACAAUGUGUAUUGUUGCAUUUCCACAGCAGAUUUGAUGCUGUACUCUAAUGACAACAAGAGGUCUAUUUCACUUUCAUCAUGAGUCAUAACUGUGUAUUGGUGAUCUUUGACAUUGAACAUGCAUCUACAACAAUGUAGUUGGCAAAUGCAAAUUCUCUACACCAAAUGUUGAAGUUGGGUGCAGUAGAAUUGAAUUUUGUCCAGAUUACAGAUUUCUGUAAAUUUUAGUCAAGUUUUCUCAAAUACUGCAAGGCUCUUCCACUUUUCUCUUUAUAGCCUUGCACAUGCAUCCUCUCCCUAUAUGCAAUUUUUGAAUGUAAUAACCCUCAAAUGCAUAGUGCUUAUGCCUGUACAUGUUGAAGACAUGGCUUACAAGUAUAUAUACAGUAUCUGUAUGUUGAAAUAUAAACUUUUAUGUCCAUUAAAAUGGGGAACCAUCUUGAAUUGUCUGAAUCCCUGUCUAUCAAUGACUUUCUUUGUU